AUGCAACGCAAGAGUUUAGAGUCUAGGCUAAGGUGCCUACUAAUAAUCAAGAUCAAUAUUUGAAGCAGAAAAAUUGCUGAUCACCAGCAGAAUCGACUCUAUAAGCUAGCACACUUAAAAAAUCAGGAGUUUCUGUGCAAGAACUACCAUGAGCUAGAGCAUACUAAAUCGAAAUUGCAAACACAUGAUGUCACUCCAGCUUAUCAUCUUGAUUAUAUUGAAUACACUUUAUACCUAAUGAAAUUUGGUACAGUUUGAAGGACAGCCUAA